GGGGAGGUGACUGACAUGGCCGGGUUACUCGGCUGGGGGCUCGUUCAGUCGCGCUGGGUGUAGCCCGUUAGCUUGUGCGCUAGCUGCUGGUUUCCGUAGCCGCAGAGCUAACUGUUGCCUAGCAGUAGAGUUCAGGGACUGAAUUGGCAAUAUUUGGCUCGUUUGAUUAGAUAAACGCAUUAAAGCUUGUUUUAGAUCCAGCGUGUGGAGAUAAAGCUGUGGUGACAUGAAUCUCUCGCCGAUUAUGCCAAGUGGACCUGACCUGACCCCUACUGCCCUCAGCUUGUGUGGAAUGGCUGCAGUUUGGCAGCAGGUGCUGGCAGUGGACGCAAGGUACAAUGCAUACCGCACGCCUACGUUCCCCCAGUUCCGCACGCAGUACAUCCGCCGGCGCAGCCAGCUGCUCCGCGAGAACGCCAAGUGCGGCUUUGAGCCGGGGCUGCGCAGGCAGUAUCUGCGUCUGCGCAGCCAGCUGCUCGCCCUGCGAUACGGCCCGCUGUCAGAGCAGAGCAGCUUCAGAGCCAGCAGUGUGCGCAGCUCCCGCACCACACUGGACCGCAUGGAGGACUUUGAGGAGGACCCCCGUGCUCAGGGUGCUCGAGGUCAUCGGCGGUCAGUAAGUCGUGGGUCGUACCAACUGCAGGCCCAAAUGAACAGAGCCGUUUAUGAGGAGAGGCCUCCGGGCGCCUUGGUGCCCACGUCUGUGGCAGAGGCGAGUCGUGCCAUGGCAGGUGACACCACUCUAAGUGAGAACUACGCCUUCGCUGGCAUGCAUCACAUCUUUGACCAGCACGUCGACUCAGCUGUCCCACGACUGCAGUUUGCUAAUGAUGACAAGCAUCUCCUCGCCUGCUGCUCGUUGGACGGCACCUUGUCCAUUAUGACCCUGUCCCCGUCCCCGCCAACAGUAAAGGUGACGCUGAAAGGACACGCAGGUCCGGUCACCGACUUCGCCUGGUCGCUUAGCAACGACAUCAUUGUGUCCACAUCGCAGGACGGCACACUGCGCAUCUGGAACACAGAAGAUGGACGCUGCAUCCGUGAGGUGGUCGACCCUGAAGCCAGCGAGCUCCUCUGCUGCACUUUCCAACCCAUGAAUAACAACCUCACUGUGGUUGGCAACAGUAAACACCUGUUGCAGGUGGUGAACAUCUCCACGGGAAAGAAAGUCAAAGGAGGCUCCAGUAAACUGACCGGCCGAGUGCUCUCUCUUUCGUUUGAUGCUCCGGGGAGGAUUCUGUGGGCAGGGGAUGACAGAGGAAGCAUCUUCUCCUUUCUCUUUGACAUGGCCACAGGGAAGCUAACUAAAGCCAAGAGGCUGGUGGUAAGUGAGGGAAGCUCCAUCUCCAGCAUCUCCGCUCGUUCCUGGAUCAGCCGAGAAGCCCGAGACCCGUCUCUGCUCGUCAACGCUUGUGUCAAUAAGCUCCUGCUUUACAGGGUUGUGGAUAAUGAAGGCACUCUGCAGCUGAAGAGGAGUUUCCCCAUCCAGCACGGCUCCCAGCCUCUCCACAGCAUCUUCUGUCCCCUCAUGUCCUUCAGGCAGGGGGCCUGUGUUGUGACUGGCAGUGAAGAUGCGUGUGUGUAUUUCUUCGAUGUGGAGCGCAACACUAAGGCCAUCGUAAACAAGCUGCAGGGUCACAGCGGCCCCGUGCUGGACGUCAGCUUCAACUGUGACGAGAGCAUGCUGGCCUCCUCCGACGCGACAGGCAUGGUCAUCAUCUGGAGACGUGAGCAGAAGUAAACCGCAUCUACGCCAAGCUUCCGCUGCCCAGCAACAGCAGCUUCAGCGCUCGUCACUUCCAAUCGUGUGCAAUUUUACGAUCCUGCCGCAACGAAGGCUGACAGAAGGUCCGGCCUGAUCCGCCGAGUGUGGUUUGGUGGUGAUGCUUGAAAUGAGACUGAGCUACGUGUUUGUAAAACUUUCACAUAUCCUGUCCGUUUCCUGUGCGGCGCUGUCCAUUAGAGUGUGAUGCUUGCUUGAGACUUUGUGGAAAUCCAUCCGUGCUUUACAGUCAACAUGUAUAAGUUAAUUUAAAGGCCUAAGAAAUGGUUAUUUAAGACUGGUAUGCUGUGGACAUACUGGUGUGCGUGUGUGUACGUCUGUGUGUGUGUAUGUGUGUGUGUACAUGUGUAUGUAUGUGUGUCCGUAAGGAUGUCUUUGCCUGAGGGAAGGUAGUAUCACUGAAUGUUUUAAUACUGAUGAGGUCAGCUGGCGUAUAUGACAACACUACUGUAUUUAUGCCUUGUUAACAUGUAAUAAAUUUCAUCACAUCA